GAUGUUCAGGUCGGCCUUGCAGGAUCUGCAGCUGGAUCAGCGCAUCUUGCCGUGCCCAGCCCGACGCUCGGGCCCAAGCAUCGGUGUAACCAGGCAUUACAGAACGCUCGAGGAUAUUCAAAAGCGAGGUCAGUGGAAGCACGCCAAGUCCAUGCAGAGGUGCGAGAAGGCGGCGCGUCUGGGCCAGUCGCGGGCUUUCCUUCAGCCCCACCUGCGAGAACGCGGACAAGCUGCGAACGUCGUCUACAGGACAUGCUGUUCGGAAAUGGCGCGAGGGAUUUUAUCCUGUGGGAUGGGCAAGCCUUUGCCGCAAUUCCGUUCUAGAUCCUUUUUCGGGCUCCAACUCCAUUGGGCAUGCUGCCUCGGGGAGAGGCUUCAACGACUGCGGGUUUGACAGUCAGAAUGGGGCCGACGAAGACUUCGCUCGCCCAGUUGGUAUCGCUCGAAUUCGUGCCGUUGUCGCCAGAAAGGAAGUCUUAGCUGCCGCCCUCGGCCCCCUUGCGCGUCGCGGAGUGCAGCGGCGGACCGAGGGGGGCAGCGGAGGCGUUCGGCCCGACGUCCGUGGGGGGCCCCAGGCGCCGCAGAGUGCGCGCGUAGUAGGAUCGCGGCAGGAAGUCAGACAUGCCUGGCAGCGUUGAAGUUCAUGAGAGUUUUUGCCCGUGCUGAGGUUCCUUUUUGUGCUCGAGCAUCCCGUCGACAGUGCAAUUUGUUGGGUACUCGCCGCAGUUGAAACAAAUCAUGGCUGUAGGUAGAAUGCGCGUUCGUGUUUGUGAGCAGUGCUAGUUUGGAGCCCGAUGGAGGACGCGCACCAAGCUUUUGUUUUUCAGUGUUGACCCUUAGGAUGCCUGAGUGCUCGAGAGGCGCUGCCGCAGUUUCGGAGGGAUUUGCUCGGCCUCGGGGGCGCCCCGCGUCAUCCUCGGGCAGGGCCCCGUCUGGGGCCGCGUGGGCCCCCCUCGCGUCGCCCCGCCCGCCGGAAUUAGCCGAUUGCGUGGUCAACUGUUUGUUCAGCCGCCGCGCUGAUUUAGAAGCGGCUAGCCUUUUCCUCGCCCUCCCAAUGAACCCUUUGGGACGUGGGCUUUCUAUGCGUGUGUGAGCUUCGCCAAGACGAGUGGCGCG